GUCGCACGCCUUCCUGCAAAAUUCCAGCUUCCCCUUCGGCUCCAAGCCUCCAACCCAGACGCGAGACAGACGGGAGAGAAAAGGUCAAACUAAAGUCAAAGCUGCAGCGUCGACCAAACUAACGCCAAUGGACGCGGCCCGGCGCGGCGGCCCUGCGAGGAGGCCAGGACCCCCCGCUGCAGCGUCGGAUCCCCGGCGCGCAGCAGCGGCUCGGGAGGCGAUGGCGCGCAUGGAGGAGGUGAUGCUCGCCCACGCGGGCGCCGCCGGCGAGUUCAGCAUCAUCCUCGAAGCCCCGCUCCCCACCCUCCAGCGCUACCGCCGAAACGCGACGCCUCCGGCGGCCCCGCGGCAACGCGGCGCGGGCGAAAGGGACGAGCUCCCCGCGCGCUUGCGGCGUGAGGGAAGCGUAACCGAGGACAUCGGCCACGUGGACGACGCGCGAUCGCGGCGCGGCGGCCCUUGGAGGGCGCGACCUGAUAGUGCGCACGGAGGAUCACGCGGCGAGGAGGAAGAGGUGGAUGCCCCGGUGCAUCUGAGAGACCCGCGGGGCAUGCGGAGGGAGAGCGCCCGCGUCAGCGCGCCUCCCGCGCGGGUCGCCGAGGUGAAGCCCGUCGUUCCGUCGGCGGUGGAGGAGGUGACACCACUGCAGCAGCUGGCCCGCGGAGGACGGAGUUCUAGCGCGAAUAGGCGCGUGGAAGCGACACCGGAGAAGGAGGCGCUAGCUGCGAGGCCAUCGAGCCGACGGUCAAGGCGGGGGAGCAGUGCGGAGGACGUUGUAAAUGCGAAUGUAGCUGAGACGGCGGUGGAGGUGGAGGCCCAAGUGGAGAGCUGGCCUAGCAGCCAAGGGAGCGAGGAUGGAGGGGAGGAGGCGAUGGCGCCUCCAAAGCCGCUGGAGGCAGUAGUCACCGGAGGCAGUAGCAGGAGCAACUCACCGGCCAUAAUUAAUGUCAACGAUGCAUUGCCAAAGCCGCUGGAGGCAACAGUCACCGGAAGCCACAGCAGGAGCAACUCACCGGCCAUAAGUAAUGUCAACCAUGCGUUGCCAAAGCCGCUGGAGGCAAUAGUCACCGGAAGCCGCAGCAGGAGCAACUCGCCGGCCAUAAGGCGAUUUUAUUCUAGUGCGGCACCAUCAGGUCGGAACGGUGUGGACACAGGUGCAGCAAACCGCCCACAAUCAGCAGGAAGGUCGAGUUUUGCACCACCUGUUGGGGCUAAUGUGAGGCCUCUACAAGCUGUGGAGGUGCCCAAUGGGACACCUAGGGAAAGAAGGACAAUCUAUCCAGAUCCUACUUUUGCGCAGUCCGCAAGAUCAAGGGACUCACAUGACAGUUCAACACUAACAGAAGAGGUUGAGAUGCUCAAAGAUGAAAAUGUGAAUCUUUUGGAAAAGCUUGGACUCGCAGAAGAGAAAUUCAGACAAUCUGAUGCACGAACAAAGGAGCUUGAGAAGCAAGUUGCUAAUCUUGGUGAUGGGUUAUCUAUGGAAGUCAAGCUUAUGAAAAGGAGAGAGGAGAUGCUAGUGAGAAAGGAGCAAGAAAUAAGGAAAGCGCUUAUAUCCAAGAAUGAUAAAAGUGAGGAAAUCGCCACUCUAAAACAACAACUCCAGUCUGCAAGUGAAAAGGCAUCAGUUGCUGAGCGGAAACUCAAUGAAGCCGAAUCUGAAAUGAAAGCCUUGCGCACAAUGACACACAGGAUGAUUCUGAGCAAAGAAGAAAUGGAAGAAGUUGUUAUGAAGAGAUGUUGGCUUGCCCGUUACUGGGGCUUGGCAGUUCAAUAUGGCAUCUAUCCAGACAUCUCUAUGUCAAAAUAUGAAUACUGGUCUUCGUUUGCUCCUCUUCCCCUUGAGUAUGUGACAUCUGCUGGACGUAGAGCUAAGAAUGGAUCUCAUCAUAGCGGGAAUACUGGUUUGGAAGAAACAGACAUGCUUGUUCAUGAUUUGAAUGUCACGGCAGGAGAAGGCAACAUAGAAACAAUGCUUGCUGUUGAUAAAGGACUUAAAGAGCUUGCCCUUUUAAAGGUUGAGGAUGCUGUGCUUAUUGCUCUUGCUCAACUCCAUCGUCCUAAUGUCGCGGAGCUAUCAGAUCCAGAUAUUAAAUCAUCCGGUGAUGAAAAAUUCAUUGAAGCAUUUGACCUAAGCAAGGAGGAAGAGGAAGAUGUAUUGUUCAAGCAGGCUUGGCUCAUCUAUUUCUGGAGAAGGGCUAAAACCCAUAAUGUCGAAGAAGAUAUCGCGGAGGAACGGUUGCAGAUGUGGAUCGAUCGACAUGAGCAGCAACCAACUUCACAUGAUGCUGUAGAUGUUGAGCAAGGUACACAUGAGCUGAGGAAGCUUGGAAUCGAACAACUACUGUGGGAAUUCUCCCGCCAGGAGGUGAACGCGGCCAAAGGUGAAUUAUCUGAUGCCAAGGGUGAAUUUUCAGAUGCCGAGGAUGAUCUGACCUAGGAGACUCAAAAUUCUCAACCAGCGGUCACCAUGGAUCGCUCCCAUUCAUCUCAGUGGCACCUGUGUACUCUACAGAAACCACAGGACAUUAGAAAUAUGUUUUUGGUUUUGGUUUGGAGUUCAGAGUUCCAACUCCUGAACAGUUCACUGAAAAAAAAUGGUGAUUAAACAUAGUGAUGUACUUUCAGCAAUCAGCUGGCCUAACAGAUAGCUGGAAUAGUCACUGCACAUAUUACCCAUCACAUCUGCUGUCAUUUUUGUAUAAAUCAAGAUUCUUUUUGCUGCUUA